UUAAAUAUAGUUUUGUAAUUGAUAUGAAAUUUCCUAAUGAGAAAAAUAAAAUUCCCAUCUCUAUAUGACUUGAAAUACAUUAAAAUUUAUCGAACAUCAAGGCAUCUUUUUUUUUCCUUUCUUUAAGAUAUUACAUAUCUUUUAUCUUUAUGUGAACAUGGUGAUCUACAUUUACGUGGUGCAUGUGCAAGUUUACUUGCUACAUUAAUUCAAACAACAAUUCAUCUUUUAUUAAACAAUGUUCACUUGUAUCAACUGAUUCACAAGACAGUUCAAGGAAUUAAAUUAUUAGAAGAUUCUAUUCAACAUACUACAAGUUCCUAUAUUCUUGCUAAAAUUAGUCUAGCUCAAUUUAUAGAUGAUAUUGAUUUUCGAAUAUUAACUUAUCUUGAACAACAACAAAAACAAUUAAAACAAUAUAUCCUGAUAUACGUGUUCGUCAAGCAAUUGCUUCGACUUUUGCUAAAUUUAUCAAAUCUCAGCAAACGAAAAAAUGUUUUGAAAGUAGCACAAAUGAUUCAAAAUCAAACACUUUUGGAUAUUUAUUCCACACAAUUAACACUAUUUGAUGUUGUCUCAUCAGUUGCAUUACGAUCAAUUGAUCCAUUUGUUAUUGCUUUUCGAGCAUUAAAUGAUGUUUUAUUAUCAGUUGAUGGAACACGAGAUGAAACUUUUAGUGCUGAUACAUGUACAUAUGUACAUAAUUUAUUUGGUCUUAUACAUCAUACAUCAGUUGCAAGUCAUUUAUUCGUUUGUGAAGGAAUACAUUUAUAUGAAAGUGGUCUUACAUUAGUUUUAUUAAUUGAACAAUUUCUUCCAUUAUCAUUAAAUAAACAAUUAUGA